AUGGACACAUGGGGGACGAGUGGGCAACCUGUGCGAGACUUCACACUAUACAGCGGCACCCUCGGCACCGCUUUCUUGCUUUUCAAGGCAUAUGAGGUGACUGAGAACAAAGCUGAUAUGCUCCUCCGUUUGGAGAUCGUUAAGGCUUGCGAUUAUGCUUCCAGGUCAAACUCGUCCGAUCACCCUGAUGAGUUCUUGUAUGGAAGAAGUGGAUUCCUGUGGGCUUGUUCCUUCAUCAACAAGCAUAUUGGCGACGGGACAAUUCCCAAAACAAAGAUGCUUGCAGUUGCGGAUGAAAUUAUGAAGAAUGGGAGGGUGAUGGCCAAGGAAGGGGGUCCGCCAUUGAUGUUUGAAUGGUAUGGGGAGAGGUAUUGCGGUGCUGCACAUGGUCUUGCAGGUAUUAUGCAUGGCUUGAUGGAUGUAGAACUCGCGCCAGAUCAGGUUAAUGAUGUUAAGAGGACCUUGUAUUACAUGAUCAAGAAUCGAUUUUUGAGUGGAAACUAG